AAUUACACGCACUUUCGUGUUCUUGACCUCGCACAUUGCACCAGCAAACGCUUCCCCUAUGUACGAGCUUCGACACACGCUUUGUAUAACACUGAGAUGGUUUGGUGGUCGUCGUCCAAAAAAAAACCCCUUGUUUUCGUUUCAAUUUUCAACUCAGAGAGCAGAGCAAAGAGCUUCGGCAUGAGCACAUACAUCUACGCUAUGAUGGGUCAUCAGAGAUUGAUAGAGAUACAACUAAAUAUUCACCCUUACAUAGGGCCUUGGUGAAUGGUGACUUGGAAAGUGUCAAAGCUUUUCUGGUUCAAGAUCCAAAUGCAAUAUCAGUUCCAAUUUCCACGAUAGGGGAAAGAGCUAUUCAUAUUGCUGUUGCCGAGGAGCACGUUCAGUUGGUGGAGGAACUUGUGAAGAUGAUUAAUCCUGCAUUUUUGGAAUUUGCGCAAGAUGAUGGUGACACAGCACUUCAUAUUGCUGCUAGAGGUGCAAACACAAGAAUAGCGAAAGCAUUGGUGGAAACCCAUGGGGAAUUGGUAAAAAUCACAGAUCGAAAUGGACAUAUCCCGGUCACCCUGGCUGCAAUUUUUGGCAACACAAAGAUGUUUAAUUAUCUACAUUCUGUGACUUCACAACAGGACCUAAUCCCAAGAAUUGUUAAUAUCCCCCAGUCUGACUUUGAUUACCUUAAUUAUAGAAUAUAUACUAUGUUCACUGAUUCAAUUUUGGGUGAGAACUAUGGUUUUGCACUGAACAUGCUGGAAAUCAAUCCGGAAUUGGCAUCUGGUGGGCUUGGCAGGGGUAUGAUGGCCUUAUAUACAGUGGCAGAGAUGCCCUUUCCUUUCUCAAGCAGAAAUCGACUUGGAAAUCUUAAAAGAUGGAUGUACAACUGUAUGGAUGUUCAACCAGUUAAUGGCUUGUAUAAUAAGCAGGAUGAAGAAAAUCUUCCUGUGGCCUCCAGAUCUCUUUAUCUUUCCAAUUUCAAAGGCUUCAAAGAUAUAGUAUAUUUAAUGGUGCUCCGUUGUCUGCAAGGACUAAUGUCAAAUGUUCUUAAAGUCAUUGAUGUCAAGCAAGAAAUAUUCAAUAUGAAGAACAAACAUAUCCAAGCCCAUGAACUACUGAAAAAGAUGUGUCAUCCAAACUCGACUUCUGAUCCUAAACAGAUUGAAGCAUACUUCGAGGCGAUAAAAAGAGCCAUCAAAUGUGGGAAUACUGAAUUUGUUGAGGAAGUUCUGAGGUCCAAUCCUGCUUUAUUAUGGGGGAAUAAGGAAAGUGGAAGCAUUUUUCACAUAGCUAUUGCUUGCCGUCAGGAGAGAAUAUGGAACCUGUUCUAUGGUUUAAGUACUGCAAAAAGAAACAAAAUUACAGAAAUUGUAGUAAAAUCGGACAGCAUGCUACAUAUAGCUGCAUGUCCUGUAGUAUUGUCUAGAACCAUAGGGAAACCAGACAGAAACUCGGAAAAGCAAGGAGAACAACAGUUCUGGAAGGUAUUCAGUAAUGCUCCAGGUGCAGCUAUGGAAGUGCAUAGAGAACUACAAUGGUACAAGGAGGUGGAGAGGGUGGUACCAUCUUCACAAAAAAUUCUUGCCAACGAUAGUGGAGAAACACCUCCAGCUUUGUUCUGGAAAUGGCACUACAAAAUAAUCAAAGAAGGGGAAAAAUGGAUGAGAGAUACAGCAACAUCUUGUACAAUCGUGGCCACCCUCAUUGUUACUGUUAUGUUUGCGGCAGCCUUCACGUUACCAGGUGGCACCAAUAAUGAUUCAGGGAAACCUAUGUUCUUACAUAAUAACUCCUUUAUGGUUUUCAUUAUAUCAGAUUCAUUAUCUCUAUUCUUGUCAGUUACUUCGGUGUUAGUGUUCCUAAGCAUCCUCACUUCACGCUAUGCGGAAGAAGAUUUCCUCGUGUCAUUACCGAGGAGAUUGACAAUUGGUCUUGCCACCCUUUUCUUAUCUAUUGCCGCCAUGAUGGUAGCCUUUGGUUCCACUCUUGUUAUUGUGCUCAAUGAACGAAUACAAUGGGCUGCUGCUCCAGUCUCGUUGUUAGCUAGUGUACCGAUAACCUUAUUUGUUUCUUUGCAAUUUCCUUUAUUUUUCGACAUGGUUUCAACUAGCUAUGGACCUGGUAUCUUCAACCGGAAAACAAAAGGCUUGUUUCUUAAACAACCCGAACUCCUGUGAUCCUGCUAAGAUAUUAUUUUUUCCUUUUUGGAAAUUUUGCAUAUGUACAUGUGGUAUAAAAUAAAUAAAAAGCACUAUUAUGUCAUAUGCAUGCUUAUCAAAGGUUCAGCUUAAUUGUUAUUUGCACUUCUAGUUAUA